GGCCCGAUACUGCGGACAAGAGAAGACAGCAGUCUGCAAAACUUUUCCCAAAAUGAUGAAUCCAGUUCGCAGAAUUUCCUCUAUAAUCCGAAACCCCCUUUUCAAUCCCACCACCACCACCACCACCCUCCUCCUCCACCACCACCACCACCACCUCCGCCGUCCACUGUCCACCACCGGCAAGAGCGGCGGCGACGAGUGGAACGACGCUUGGGAGUCCGCCUGGCUCCCCGAAGACCUCUCCGGCAACAACCGUCCCCCAUGGGAGACCGACGUCAACUUCUCCGACAACCCUUCCGCCGCCACUCCUCCACUCCUGUCCUCCGACGUCGACGCCGAGACGAAGGCCUUCGUCGAGGACAUGACCGAGAAUUGGGACCAGAGAAGGAAGAGCUCGAAGAUCCAACAACAACAGCAACAGCAACAGCAACAGAGACAGCUAGGGAAAAAUCAGAAAGAAGGGAAUUCGCUUUAUGGAUUGGAGAAUGUGAAGAGGGAUUAUAGGUUGAAGAAGCAGAGGGUUCAUGCUGGCUUGUGGGUCAAAGAGAUUGAGAAGCAAGAGGAGGCUAAGUUGGUUGAUUCCAUUGGCGGUGGUGGUGGUGGAGAUGAUAUCGAGAGAUUGCUCGAUAGCUGCUCUGAGAUUUUCGACUCUCCCAAUGACGACUUGAACAACUCAAAAAUCCCAAGUUCGUCUGAGUUAAAAAACAAGCCUGAUGGUUGGGAAACAACAGCAAAAGCUCAAGAUGGGAGUGUCUGGGAGAUGUCACAAAGGGAAGAAGACAUCCUUCUCCAAGAAUUUGAACGUCGAAUUGCAUUCAGCAAAUUCCAGAUAGCUAGUUUUAUCAAGACUCAUAUUUUUAGCCGGAGGAGACCUAUUGAUGGUUGGAAACACAUGAUAGAGGAGAUAGGACCAAAUGCCAAGAAAGGGAAGGGUAGCGUUUCAAGGUUACCCAGUCUAUCCGAUGCAUCAACUCAACCAUUCAAGGAAGAGAAGUCGCAUAUUACAAGCCGCAUCACCUCCUAUAAGGGGAGAUAGUUUAUGUAUUCAAAGAUGAUUGCAGUGGGAAUGUUGAGUAUUAUGUAUCGUCAUGUGUGACAAUUUUUGGUCUCUUGGUUGCGCAAUUUGUGAUUGUAGAAUCGGAUAAUAACCCUUCAAUUUCUGCUGAAUCUAUGAUCAUGUUCUUUCUCAUACGGGUCUUCCACCAAUGUAACUUUGUAUUUCUUUCA